AGAGGGAUAUAAAAGCUACCGGUUCUGGGUGGACGGACCAGCAGUUCCUUUCGCCAUCGCAUCGUAGAAAGUACUCUCUCUAUUUUUCGUGAACCACCGUUCUGUGUCAAUCCGUCAACAUGAAACUGUUCGUCGCUUUGUUCGCUCUAGUCGCGAUGGUCACCGCCGAUUUCACCGUCCAAACCGGGGAAGAUCUGCUGCGCUACCGGGGCGAGUGCGUUUCUUCGUUGAGCAUUUCGGAUGACUAUGUGAGCAAGUUCAAGAAGUGGGAGUUCCCGGAGGAUGAGACAACCAUGUGCUACAUCAAGUGUAUCUUCACUAAGAUGCAGCUGUUCGAUGAAACCGAUGGGCCGAUCGUGGACAAUCUGGUUCAACAGUUGGCUCAUGGUCGGGAUGCGGAUGAGGUCCGGGCGGAGAUUAUGAAGUGUGUCGAUAAGAACAUCGAUAACAAUGCCUGUCACUGGGUCUAUCGGGGAUUUAAGUGUUUCCAGAAGAACAAUCUGUCGUUGAUCAAGGCUAGCGUCAAGAGGGACUAGAUUCGGAUAGGGUGGGGUACGGAAAACGGAACAUUUGACCUUGGACCGUCUGGAAGCGGUGCGGUGCGAAUUCAGUUUGAUUGAGCUUUGUACUGAGAGUGGUGAAAGAAAGGAAUCGAAAUAAAGUGAUCAUUAUAUUGAGCAGAACACAUACAA